UAUAUAUUCUAAUAUUUAUGUUGACUGACUGUUUUUUGUCUCGCCUAUUCGUAUUCAUCGGCAUUUCCGGGGAUUGGAUCUUUUCUUUUGCCCCUCCCUGCCUCCCUCUUCAUCCUCCUUCAAACGCUCUCUCUCUCUUCUCACGCGCGCGCAACAACAAAAGCAAAGCCGCUUACCAAUUCCUCACUCAGCGAUGAUCUUCGGCCGAACAGCUUGUUUCCUAAUUGCGGCUGCUGCUGCUUCUUCGUCCGUGCUUGCGGACUGUGGCGUCGUCAUUUCAAAGCGUCUUGGUAAGCCGGCGAAUCCCGUCAUUAUCGACACGGACCUCUUCUCCGACGUCGAUGACGCGGGCGCCUUGGCUGUCGCCAACGUCCUGCAUAACUACGGGCUCGCGGACCUGCGUGGAGUCGCCGUGAACACGUGCUCGAGGUACGGCGCCCUAGCCGCCAGCGCGAUCAACACGUAUUUUGGCAACGGCGAUAUCCCCGUCGCGGCUCUCCGCCCGCUGACGAACGACACGUUUUUCGAUAGUCGGGAUUUCGUUCUGGGCGAAUAUACUAGCAAGGUGGCUCGCAACUGGCCUCGUUCGCUGAACGACUCCUCCGCCACGCCGACACCGGUCGAGCUGUACCGUAGAACCUUGUCCGCAGCGGAAGACCACAGCAUAACCCUAAUUUCCAUCGGCUUCCUAACUAACAUUGCCGAACUAAUGAGCAGUCCUCCCGACACCAUCGCAUCUUCCACAGGCGCGUCUCUCGUAUCGACGAAAGUCAAGGAGCUGGUGGUCAUGGGCGGUCGGUACCCUUCCGGUAAGGAAUUCAACUUCGCCGGCGACGAUCCCUCGGCGACGUAUAGUGUUGUGAAUACCUGGCCGCGCGACGUCCCCGUUACGUACUCCGGCUUCGAGCUCGGCGCCGACAUAUUCUCCGGCGAGAAGCUCGCGGACUACGCGCCGCCGGGCUCGCCCGUGCUCGCGGCGUACCAGUGGUACGUGGGGCGAUGCCGCACGGCUCGCGAGUCGUGGGACCCCGUCACCACGCUCUACGGGAUAUUAGGGCUCGACGGGUCCCCCGAGCUAGGGAUCGAGCCGCUGUUCGAGUAUGCGAACGAGCUCGGGUAUAACGAAGUAUCGGCAGACGGCUCGAACAGCUGGGUUGACGAUGCCGGCGUUUCGAACCAGCACUGGUUGAAGCUUGCGAACGGUGUAUCGAAUGAGACUGUUGCGGGGCUCUUGACUCGGUUUUUGGCCCAUGACCCUUCGGAUAGGAGAUGUUCUACGUACGGCCGCGAAGCCUUUAAGACCUGAUUUACCGUAUGGUCACGACCUACCUAGGAUUUAAAGACAACGAUGAUGCGUUUUUCAUGAGUCUUACGCAGGAGGCCGUUAGAUUUUACUUGGCCAAGUAUCAGCGCCAGGCUAUCGUACCCUUUUGUCAUCCAGAGAAUACUCAGAGGACAUGAGGAUAGAAUA